CUGUUUACAUACCCUGGGACUCGAUGUUCCGGACGAUAUAACGAUUGAACAUUAACCAAGGGAUAGUAACAAAAACAACACUAUAGCUAUAAUAGAGGACGUCUUACUGUGUCAGGUCACAUUAAACACAGAAACAUUGUCUCUGGCUGUUGAGAGUAUGCCUGUCGUCAUGGAAAACAUGUUUCUGCAGUCCCCAAGUACAACCACUCUACUGGGCAUCAUUGUGAUCCUUCUGGUCUUUUAUAUAUUUUUCCACAACUCUGACCAUCAAAGAAAGGAGCCUCCAGGACCCUGGCCACUGCCUGUGUUUGGCAAUUUGCUGCAGCUGGAUCUUAAAUCAGUCCACAGUACACUGUAUGAGUUUUCCAAGAAAUAUGGAUCAGUGUUCAGAGUAUAUCUUGGACCCCAGAAGGUGGUAAUCCUGGCAGGAUACGAGACCGUGAAGCAGGCACUGGUCAACCAUGCUGUGGAGUUUGGAGACAGAUAUGUCGCUCCUUCCUUUGUUGACCUCCUGCACAAACUGCAUUUUGAUACAACCUGUGUACUUGAUUUCACUUUAGGUAGAGGAAUUUUAUUUGCCAAUGGGGAAUUGUGGAAAGAAAUGAGGCGUUUUGCUCUGACCAACCUGAGAGACUUUGGGAUGGGCAGAAAAACAGCAGAGGACAAAAUCAAUGAGGAGACUCAGUAUCUGAUCAAAGUGUUUGAAGAACAUGGAGGUCAACCCUUCAAUACUACCCAGUCACUAAACUGUGCAUCUUGCAACAUCAUCUGUUCAAUGGUCUAUGGCCACAGAUUUGAUUACAGUGAUUCAGAGUUUAUUAGUAUGAUAGAGCGAGCCACUGCCAACCUUCAACUUAUGGGCUCUCCUUCAAUACAAUUGUACAACCUAUUCCCCUGGAUGUUCCAAUGGGUGAGCAACAGGAUGCGUCUCAGGAAGAAUGUUGCUAAGAACAAAAAACAAAUAAAGCUGCUGAUCGGACAUUUACAAGAAACUUUGAAUGCUCAGAUGUGCAGAGGAUAUGUGGACUCCUUUCUGGUCCAGAAACAGAAGUUAGAGGAUUUAGGGAUUACGGACUCAUACUACAACAUGAAGAACCUUGUGGCAUCUGUUGGCAACCUCUUUGCGGCUGGUACUGAUACUACAUCAACUACACUGAGAUGGAGUCUGUUGCUCAUGGCCAAGUAUCCUCAAAUACAAGACCAGGUCCAGGAGGAGCUGAGCAGGGUGGUUGGAAGCCGUCAGGUCAAGGUAGAGGACAGGAUGAACCUGCCCUACACUGACGCUGUCAUCCAUGAGACACAGAGACUGGCGAAUAUCCUUCCCAUCGCUAUUCCUCACAUCACCAGCACAGAUGUGACCUUCCAGGGCUAUUUUAUUAGAAAGGGGACCCCUGUGUUUCCUCUUGUGACAUCAGUUCUGUGGGAUGAAAGUGAGUGGGAGACCGCACACACCUUUAAUCCUGCCCAUUUCUUGGACAAGAAUGGGAAGUUUGUCAAGAGAGAUGCCUUCAUACCUUUCUCUGCAGGUCGCAGGGCGUGUCCAGGAGAAAGUCUGGCUAGAAUGGAGGUCUUCCUCUUCUUCGCCGUCCUCCUUCAGCGCUUUCGUUUCACUCCUCCACCUGGAGUCACAGAGGAUGAACUGGAUCUGACCCCAGCUGUGGGCUUCACCAUCAACCCGUCACCUCAUGAGCUGUGUGCUGUCAGUCGAGAGGAAUUUUGAAAUUAGUAACAUUCAAGUCAAACACUUUUGCACAGUGGAAAGCUUUUGAGAAUGCUAAACCAUUGAAAAAGUAACACUACUGUGUUACUGUUAACACAUUUUAUCUUCAAAUGAAGUGCAUUGUUAGGGUAUCAGCAAGGAAUAUCUGUAUCUGCAGUUUGCUGUG